CAGGAUAAUCAGCUAUGUUGAGAAGUGGAAUCGUUCUGAAAAAUCCCCUCAGCUAUUUUAUAGGUGAUAAGUCGAUACUACAAGAUGCUGGACUUGAGGGGGUGAAGGAUGUGGAAGCUUUAUCCCCACCUCCUGAAAUUAAGGAAAAUGCUCCAGCCCAGAAAUACGCUGGGGAUGUCAGUUACUUCAUCUGCACAAGAACUGGGAGAGGCACUGUUCUUCUUUCACAUGAAAAUCUGGCUCUUCUUGACCCAGAAACUGGACUUCCCAAGUAAGAAGUUCCUUUCUGGAGUUGGUACCUUUUCUUCUAAGGAGAUUUGAAUGCCUCUGAGCUGUAUAAUGUCAGUUUGGUUGUCUCUGCAGCUUGUUUUCCUUCUAUCAUGUAUUUGUUGUGUUUUUCUCUUUCUCUUAUGCCCCCUAUCUCCAGUCGGGAUUUGUAUCCCCACCUUAAUGGAAACAAUAAUGAAUAAUUGCUUCAUUGUUCCCCUAAACCUUUACUAUUUCCUUUGUAAUUUCCAAUUGAAAUGCAAAAGACUAUU